AAAUCAUUUCCGCCGUGGAAAUUAUUUGACUCAGGUAUCAUUUAAAUAACUCUUUCGAAGGGAUGGAGGAAACAAUCGCCUACGACGUCGGGUUGAAGAACAAUAAAUGCUGUGAGAAGCGGCAGAGACGCCAUGAGGAGGAAGACAAGCGCGAGAUGAGGCGCGAACGGCGAGUGCACCUAACAACCUUCGAUCGCUGCCACAUUACUCUGUUCUACGCGAUCCAAAAUGGGGCGGAUGCGACCUUCACGACUCAGGGCGACGCAGCCGACCCAGUGAACCGUGAACCGACUCUACCCCAAGCACAUCGUCCCUUGGCGUG